AUGCUUCCGGUAGACACAGUAACUGAAAUUUCUGUAAGACCACUGGGCACCUUAAUGCGUGCGUCCGAGUCGGAGCAGCAAAAAGUGCACACCACUCCGGUUAUUAUUGCACAACACAUUUCGGAGGAACCCGAAAAGAAACAAAACAAAUCUGCUGGACUGCUUACCGACACACCUGACGGGUCUGCAAUACAAGUAGCAACCAGGCCGACUACCGUGGCGACAUCAAAAGAUGUCACACCAACACAUGGGGCCACAAACAUUACAGAUGAGGAAACCGACUACACAUCACAGAAGUCUGAAAGACCAAAAGAUGUCACACCAACACAUGGGGCCACAAACAUUACAGAUGAGGAAACCGACUACACACCACAGAAGUCUGAAAGACCAAAAGAUGUCACACUAACACAUGGGGCCACAAACAUUAGAGAUGAGGAAACCGACUACACAUCACAGAAGUCUGAAAGACCAAAAGAUGUCACACCAACACAUGGGGCCACAAACAUUACAGAUGAGGAAACCGUCUACACGCCACAGAAGUCUGAAAGACCAAAAGAUGCCACACUAACACAUGGGGCCACAAACAUUACAGAUGAGGAAACCGACUACACACGACAGAAGUCUGAAAGAUCAAAAGAUGUCACACUAACACAUGGGGCCACAAACAUUACAGAUGAGGAAACCGUCUACACACCACAGAAGUCUGAAAGACCAAAAGAUGUCACACUAACACAUGGGGCCACAAACAUUAGAGAUGAGGAAACCGACUACACAUCACAGAAGUCUGAAAGACCAAAAGAUGUCACACCAACACAUGGGGCUACAAGCAUUACAGAUGAGGAAACCGACUACACACCACAGAAGUCUGAAAGACCAAAAGGUGUCACACUAACACAUGGGUCCACAAACAUUAGAGAUGAGGAAACCGACUACACAUCACAGACGUCUGAAAGACCAAAAGAUGUCACAACAACACGUGGGGCCACAAACAUUACAGAUGAGGAAACCGACUACACACCAGAGAAGUCUGAAAGACCAAAAGAUGUCACACCAACACAUGGGGCCACAAACAUUACAGAUGAGGAAACUGACUACACACCACAGAAGUCUGAAAGAAUAAAAUAUGUCACACUAACACAUGGGGCCAAGAUCAUUACAGAUGAGGAAACCGACUACACACCACAGAAGUCUGAAAGACCAAAAGAUGUCACACUAACACAUGGGUCCACAAACAUUAGAGAUGAGGAAACCGACUACACAUCACAGACGUCUGAAAGACCAAAAGAUGUCACAACAACACAUGGGGCCACAAACAUUACAGAUGAGGAAACCGACUACACACCACAGAAGUCUGAAAGACCAAAAGAUGUCACACUAACACAUGGGGCCACAAAAAUUACAGAUGAGGAAACCGACAACACACCACAGAAGUCUGAAAGACCAAAAGAUGUCACACUAACACAUGGGGCCACAAACAUUACAGAUGAGGAAACCGACUACACAUCACAGAAGUCUGAAAGACCAAAAGAUGUCACACCAACACAUGGGGCCACAAACAUUACAGAUGAGGAAACCGACUACACACCACAGAAGUCUGAAAGACCAAAAGAUGUCACACUAACACAUGGGUCCACAAACAUUAGAGAUGAGGAAACCGACUACAUAUCACAGAAGUCUGAAAGACCAAAAGAUGUCACACUAACACAUGGGGCCACAAACAUUACAGAUGAGAAGUCUGAAAGACCAAAAGAUGUCACACUAACACAUGGGUCCACAAACAUUAGAGAUGAGGAAACCGGCUACACAUCACAGACGUCUGAAAGACCAAAAGAUGUCACAACAACACAUGGGGCCACAAACAUUAUAGAUGAGGAAACCGACUACACACCACAGAAGUCUGAAAGACCAAAAGAUGUCACACUAACACAUGGGGCCACAAAAAUUACAGAUGAGGAAACCGACUACACACCACAGAAGUCUGAAAGACCAAAAGAUGUCACACUAACACAUGGGGCCACAAACAUUACAGAUGAGGAAACCGACUAA